AUGCGUUUCCCAAAUAUCAUUCAGAAUCACAGAAGCCAUGAUUGGUUAGCAGAACGUUCUAUAUUGGCACCGAAGAAUAUACACGUCAAUGCAAUGAACUUUCAAAUUCAAGAAAAAUUGCCAGGUGAAGUCAUAACUUAUAAAUCCAUUGACAGCGUUAUGGAUGAAGAUGAAGCUGUGAAUUAUCCAAUUGAAUUUCUGAAUUCAUUGGAACCACCUGGUACACCGCCACAUCUUUUGAAUUUAAAGGUUGGUUCACCAAUCAUAUUACUACGGAAUAUCAAUCCUCCAAAAAUGUGUAAUGGUACACGACUGGCAAUAAAGAAGCUAAUGCCAAAUUUGAUUGAAGCAACUAUACUCAAUGGCAAAGCGAAAGGCGAUAAUGUGCUUAUACCACGUAUUCCAAUGAUUCCAACAGACAUGCCAUUCAAUUUCAAACGUCUGCAAUUUCCGUACCAGUUUUCUCGCAUUGGUUCUCGCAAUAAGCGUCAGUCGGCCCGGCUCGGCAACAAGCGGCCACUCUGCACGCACCCUUAUUUCAUGCACCCACUUGUCUAUGUUGUGGAGAAAUUCCGUUGCGUGCUGCAAUGCAAAAUAUAUAUAAUUGAGCGUUUCGUGCAUGAAGGUCGCAUUCAAAAUAAAGGCCGAAACGCACCAAAUAAAAUGUUCAAUGAACGUUACGAGCGUUUAAUUGUGCAUAAAAUUAAAGAAAACCCGAGACUAUCAGUUCAAAAGUUAACUACAAAGAUUCAGGAGGAGCUAGUUAAAUCAUUUUGUGCUGAAACUGUGCGUCGGGUACUACGUGCGCAUGACUUCAAUGCCCGAGUAGCCCGAAAGAAGCCAUUCAUUAGCAAAAAAAAAACCAGCUAA